AUGGUGGUGGCGUUUUCUUUUUUAUCAUUGCCACGAGCAGCUAGGGAGGGGUUAGGUCCACUCACACAGAGCCGCGCAUGUGUGGGUAAGGUUGAUACAAUGACGUGCGUCUGUUGCCUCAAGGUUAGUUGCUUUUGGCUAGAUUUACUCCUCGCAUUGCAUCUCUUGGCUCGUACUAUACCGUGAGAAUUGGGAAAUGUCAUAGUGACAUAGUCACGCGAUCUGGGCAGUAAAAUCAAGAUCCCCACGCCUCCUAGAGUACCUAUACCGAAGCCGUAACCACGAGAGUCGUUGAACUGCAGACGCUUUGCUGUUUGUGCCACGAGCUGGUCCGAGGUGACGGCUUUCGAUCCAGAUUCUCGGUUUUUAUGCCACUACCUUUACGUAUCUGCCCGGUCUUUCCCCUAUCCGCCACCUGGGAACGCACCCGAUGGGUCGCUCAAGCUGCACGGGAAAUAUCUAAUCUAAUAUCAGAGUAUUUUAUUGACUAGCAUACCUAUACCGUCCGUGUUCGUGUCAAGUGCGUGUUCGUAUCUUUGUUGUUUAAAUAUGGGACGUGUCCUCAUUUUACGAAUACUUGUGUUUAGCUCUGCUCGUCGACGCACACGCCUUAAUUCGUCCAUUUUACAUGCGAGAGUUCUUCCUGUUCAUCUAUUUGAUGAAUCGACUUCGUAGUCCUUAUGUUAAACGUGGCUGUAUGUAACUUACUUGAUCUGUGGUUCUGGUUGGAAGGUUGUAACCAAUUGUUGCAUCCCCUAGAAUCCUUGAGAUAGCCUUUUUGCAAAAGGUAGGAGUUGUCGCAAGAUGAUCUACCCAUCCGGGUACACUUCUCGUUGUUAUAAAAUUCUCCAUUUGAAUGCUUCUGGCAUUCCCUUUUAUUACUUAUAUUGAAAUCCGUCAAAUAAACCUAGAAAUUGCAUCGGCUAUUUAGUCAUUUGGAUAUCCUAUAGCGUUUUUAAUGGAGCCAUUAUUUCCAGUAAGUACCAUAAAUCAUUGGUGAGUGUGUGUUAUUUUAUCGUUGUAGUUACCUCAUUACAUUUUUUAAGCAAACAAGGCAGGCUGAUUGAUCUUUAGUUGUUUUAUCUUUGAAAUUGCUUUAUCACUAAUAUGCAAACUUGAAGUAUUUGUACAGUUGCUUAUAUUAAAGUAAUUCGCUCAAACGCGUUUAUUAUUAUUAUAGAUUUUAUUGUCAUAAUGAAAUUCGUUACUUGCUUCAUUUUUGUUUCAGUGGCGUUAGGAUUUCAAAUUUCGGCAGCAGUGAAGGUUUCCGUCUAUUAUGAGACUCUGUGCCCAUAUAGUAUAGCCUUUAUUAGCAAUCAGCUUCAUCCAAACUACAAGAUAUUUGACAAUCUUAUUGAACUGGAAUUAAUUCCCUAUGGUCACGCUACAGAGGAAAUUGUUGAUGGUAUGAAAACAUUUACGUGUCAACAUGGAACAGAUGAAUGCUAUGGAAAUACAGUUCAUGGAUGUGUCAUCGAAUAUCAGAACAUCUCCACAAGCGAAUUAUUUGUUUUUUGUGGGCAGAGCUCAAGUAGUCCCGCAUCUCUAGAAAUAUUGGAAAAAUGUGCUAUGGACAAUGAAAUCCCAUGGUCCGAUAUCGAAAGUUGUCUAUCAUCAGGUCAAGGAGAAGAUAUUCUGGAAAAACAUGGCCAGAAAACUGAUCUUCUGAAUCCUACAGGAAUUCCAACAAUUGUCUUUAAUGAUGUGUUUAAUGAUGAUGAUUGGAGAGAAUCGUUAAACGAUUUUAAAGCAGUUUUAUGUAAAUAUUUGGAAAAUGAACCGGAUAAGUGUAAAAGUUCGCUUUAUCAUUUUGAUGCUGAAAUUAAAUGAAUCCGUUUAGCAUUUGACGACGGUAAAACAAUUUUUAAGCAGCUCCCCUGUUCUCAUUCUUGUCCUUUUACACGGCGGCAAAGGUAACAUAAUUUUGAAAUUAAUAAAUACUUUGUUAUUGAA